UUCCAGUGGCGUAUACACCAUCAAUCCAGAUGGCGGCAAACCAAUCCAAGUGUUAUGUGACAUGAUCACAGACGGUGGAGGCUGGACCGUUUUUCAGAAACGCUUGGACGGCUCUGUUGACUUUUAUCUUAAAUGGGAAUCCUACAAAAACGGCUUCGGAGAUCUGAGCGGAGAGUUCUGGCUUGGAAACGACAAUCUUCACCGUUUAACAGCCGCUGAUCAUGUCAUGUUGAGAGUUGACCUGGAAGACUUUGAAGGGAACAUCACAUAUGCUGAGUACACGGAUUUUGGUGUGGCAGACGAAGCUGAUAAGUACCGGCUUUUGAUCGGAGGAUACAAGGGCACCGCUGGUGACUCUAUGACGCUACAUAACAAUACGAGGUUUUCUACGAAUGAUCAAGACAAUGAUCUACAUAACAACCUUCACUGCUCCCAAAGCUUCGAGGGAGCCUGGUGGUACGGAAGCUGCCAUCACUCCAAUCUAAACGGAUUGUACCUCAAUGGCUCCCAAGUGUCUUAUGCUAAUGGUGUCAACUGGCGUUCUUUCAGGGGCUAUCAUUACUCACUAAAACGCACCGAGAUGAAAGUGAGAACCAAAGUAUAAGACAAUGUCUAUCCCAAGAUAACGCGCCAAUCAAACCGAGGCUUCAACAACAACCCCCCCCCCCCUCCACGUCAACACUCGGGCAUUUGACUGUCGUUCUUUCCAAAAGGUGGGGAACUUGAACCUUGUCUGGGUGGGGUGGGCAAUUUAUCCAGACCUGUCAAGUCCCUCCAGCGCAAUACGCGUGUUUUAUCUUUUAACAUGGAGCUGUUUAAAGGUAAAGAGUUUGCUUUCGCAAGCAGAUGGCUCAGAAGAAAAAGGUCUGCAAGAAAGUCGUGGUCGCUGAUCCUGCCUUUUACAAAAAAACUGGCUAUCAAAUCAGGCACUUAAGUAGGGUGUUUGAACACAAUUUUGGCCCCGGGAGACGGGAAUUUGAA